AUGGUCCGGAACAAGAGGCCCAAUACCCCGGGACCGGCGAGGACUGACUCCCCACGACGCCUUACUGGACCGAUGGACGAGUUCAUCGUCACACCGUCGGAUCUGCGAGGACCGCGACCCACCGACAAAAUGGCGCCCGCCUCCCCGGGCUUGGAGAGUGCGGGAGAAUCCUCUGUGGCAGGCACUCAACUGAGUGAACUAGCCCAGAUACGGGCAGAGCUUACCCAGAUCUCUGCAAAAAUGCUGACAAGGGAGGACACCAGCUCGUUAGCACAGGAGCUGCGGGCGGCAUUGCGUGAGGAGCUGGCGGGCCUUCGGUCGGAUCUCACUGCCUUAGAGCAGAAAGUGGAAGAGGUUGAAACAGCUGCCCAGGGAUGUGAGGACCAACAUAAAGCAACAGAGGUGGCAGUAACCAGACAGGGCAACCUCUUGAUCACCCUCCGCAGACAGGUAGAAGACCUGGAAAAUAGAAGUAGGCGCAAGAAUAUCCGAAUACACGGCCUGCCAUAG